GAUGUAUAGAUAUAGAAGAUUAAUGGGGUGUUGUUAAAAGAAUAGAAAGUAAAAAAUUAAUGCUUGGAUUAAGAAAAUGGAGACGUUUAUGGCAUUGUUAUCAUGUGAUGCUAUUUCUAGUCUUUUUUAGCGUUGACUUUUUCAGUUGAUAAUUUGAUUUAUAUAUACACACACACACAUUUAUUUGGAGAUAUCAUAUCAUAUCAUAUAUAACUAUAAUAAUAAUAAAAAGUUGAUAUAUAAUAUGAAGAAUUUGUUAAGAAAGUUACAUAUGAUGCCUAAUAAUCAAACUUCAUCGUCAUCAUCAUCAUCAUCAGAUGCUGUGAAUGACUCAAAGGUGGGUCAAUCAGUUGAUAAGUCUGGUAUUUCAGGGUGGCUUAAUUCCGUGGUGACGAAUCGUCCGAAUGCGAGAAAUGAGGAUAAGAAUGAAGUGGGGUUUGAUUCAAUAAUGAGUUGUGAUGAUGAUGAUGAUAAAGGCGGGUCGAGGGACCCGGAAGUAGAAGAAGAAUACCAAAUACAAAUGGCAUUGGAGUUGAGUGCAAGGGAGGAUCCUGAAGCUGCCCAAAUUGAAGCUGUUAAGCAGAUUAGUUUGGGUGGGUCAUUAUGUCCUCCAGAAACUAAUUCGCCUGCUCAAACCCUAUCGUAUCGAUAUUGGAAUUACAGUGCUCUUAGUUAUGAUGAUAAGAUCCUGGAUGGGUUCUAUGAUUUGUAUGAGACGUCAACGGGAGUUGUAUUGUCAAAGAUGCCAUCCCUAUUGGAUUUACAUGGAACUCCUGUGUCAGAUAGUACCACUUGGGAAGCGAUUGUGGUCAACAAAGCUGCAGAUGCCGAGCUGUUAAAACUAGAGAAAAGUGCAUUGGAAGCAACAGUCAAGUUAACAUCAGAUUCUUUUAGUUCGGUAGGUCAAAAUAUGGUGCAUAAACUUGCUAUCAUAGCUUCUAAUCACAUGGGUGGGCUGGUGGGGGAUCCAGACAAGAUGUUGCUUGCAUGUAGAAAUUUCAUCUAUAACCUUAAGGCAACUAUUGGAAGCAAUGUGUUGCCUCUUGGCUCACUAAAAAUUGGGAUGGCACGCCAUCGUGCAUUGCUUUUUAAGGUUUUGGCUGAUAGUGUCGGUAUUCCUUGCCGCUUGGUGAAAGGGAAACACUAUACUGGCUCUGCUGAUAUUGCAAUGAGCUUUAUUAAGCUUGAUGAUGGAAGGGAAUACAUUGUUGAUCUAAUGGCAGACCCUGGAACACUUAUUUUAUCUGAUACUGCCCAUGUUGAUCAUGAUGAAUCUUCAUUCUCAUCUAGUCCAUGGUCCCCAGAUGAUGAUCCUUCUCGUUUAACUUUUAGAAGUGGUCUUACUACUUCAUCUGAAGAAUGCUCGGAAUUUGGGUCCCACGAGAAAAGGGCCUGGAUUACACACCUAGAUCCCACUCAAGAACGACCUGAUCAAGAACCUGAAAAAUCUUCCUCUUUAAUUUCCACCAAAAUACAGACGGAGGACAUCAUUGGUGAAAUUCCUUUAAGACCCUCUCAUCACAGCCAUGCAAGAUCCCCUUCUUGGACUGAAGGUGUGAGCUCCCCUGCAGUACGAAAAAUGAAGGUAAAGGAUGUUUCACAAUACAUGAUUGAUGCUGCUAAAGAAAACCCUCAACUAGCCCAGAAGUUGCAUGACGUAUUACUUGAAAGUGGUGUAGUUGCUCCUGCUAAUUUGUUUACCGAAGUUUAUGAUGAACAAGACGAUACACGUGUUCCUAACCAAAAUAAUGAAGAAAGCGGUAAGUGGGAUAGGUCAAAGACUACUGAGGGUCAAAGUCAUUUGGAUCAUCCUCGAUUUUUACCUAGUUUGCCUUCCACUAAUGCACACGCUAAGCCUGCCUCAUCACCAUCUGAAGUCAAUCCAGCGCACUACGCGACAAAAGUCCCGGCGGCUGCUGCGGCAGCGGCAGCUGCUGCAGUCGUUGCAUCAUCAAUGAUGGUUGCCGCAACAAGAAGUACAACAGAUUCAAACAUAGAACUACCCGUAGCAGCUGCAGCAACAGUAACAGCUGCAGCAGUUGUGGCAACUGGUUUGCCUAGUUUAGUGGAUUGUCCAAGAAGGGAUGGAGAGGGAGAAUUUGGUAAUCUACUAGCCAGAGAGAAUGAUGUGGCACAAGAAGGAGAGAGGGUAUCAGAUAGGUCUGCAGGUAACGAUAGCACAAUAUCUGAAGUCUCCCUUGAGGAUGUAGCAGAUUGUGAGAUAGCGUGGGAAGAUAUAACCUUAGGUGAACGUAUCGGAUUGGGAUCAUAUGGGGAGGUUUAUCGUGGUGAUUGGCAUGGAACUGAAGUUGCUGUUAAGAAGUUUCUAGACCAGGAAAUAACCAUUGAAUCCCUUGAGGAAUUCAAACGUGAGGUGGGUAUUAUGAAAAGAGUUCGACAUCCCAAUGUGGUUCUCUUCAUGGGGGCUGUAACACGUGCUCCACAUCUUUCAAUCAUUACUGAAUUUCUGCCUAGAGGUAGUUUGUAUAGAUUAAUCCACCGACCCAACAAUCUACUUGAUAUUAGACGACGUUUGAGGAUAGCCUUUGAUGCUGCUCGUGGUAUGAAUUAUUUGCACAACUGCACGCCAGUUAUAGUUCACCGUGAUUUGAAGUCCCCAAAUCUCCUUGUCGAUAAAAAUUGGGUUGUGAAGGUUUGUGAUUUUGGGCUGUCAAGAAUGAAGCACAGCACUUUCCUUUCGUCAAGGUCUACAGCAGGGACGGAAAGGCUAAUUUAGGGGCAGAUAUUCCAAACACUAUUGACGAGGAGUCGAGGACUCUGCUAGUCUGCUUUAUAAUGAAUGGCCUUCUUUUUAUUAUGUAAGAUUAUAAUUAUACACAUAAGAAAGUUCUUUAAUUGUGGCUAUCGAUAGCCCAUUAUAAUGAGGAAUGUUUGCUGUUAUACAAUCAAUGCAUUUUUCUGUUCGACCCAAAAUGAAGUUGCAGUUGGAUAAUUUGAAACCUGAUCACUUUUAUAUUAACACAUGCAUUAUCAUGAUGUUAAAUUGGUGUAAGAAAGGAUUUAUUUAGGAAUAAGAUAGGAUGUGGAGACAUAAAUGAGAGGUUAUGGCGGUAGGGUCUUGUGUUUUGAUAAGGCAGAAUUUACAAACUUCUUUUAAACCCAGAAGGGUGUUUUCUUUUUUAAAUAAUUAUUGCACAGCCAUUAUGUAUCCAUAUUUAUAUACUUCACAACAGGCCUCUUGUGCGUGAGCAAGGCCCUUUAAAUACUUGAAAACUCUAUUAGCUGCUUGAAGAUGCUCUUUUUUAGCUUUAGUGCAAAAACAAUUUUGGGAUGAAUGUGUGAGCGAUAAACAGUUUUACCACUAAUUGUUGAUAUUGUGGAGAGUCGAGCAUUGGGCUCUUUGUAAUAGCUUAUUGAAAUCUUUUGAUGUAAAAGUUUUACCAUCGGAGGCUCUUAGAUACUAGCAUUAAUAUGACAUGUGUGACGCGAAUUGUCAACUUUAUCAUGUGAUGACAAUUUCAAGAUUGUUACACUAAUAUAAAAACUGCUUCAAGAGAUUAUGUAUAAUAUAAUGCUGGGUUAUUCUAUCAUCUGCCCAUAUCGCACAUGUUAGACAUUUAUCAAAAUAAAAAUGGUUUCCUCUUUAAGGUAAUCCACAUUCAUUGCAUCUUAAAAUGACACUUUUGGUAUUGUAAAAUGAGACAGAUUAAUACAGGGGCAUCAGAGUCUUGUCAUUCGUUAAAUUUGUAAUUAUAAUUAUGGCUGUUUUAAUGAAAACCUACUACUGUAGGCGAGCCAUUCUAUAGUUGAAUUUAGUCUACCUUGUGGUGAAUUUAUGCUUUUUAUGAUGCCCAUUGAUGCCCGAGCCUGUUACCUAGUCCACACUCCACACUCCAGAUUGAAGCCCUUUAAGAACUUAAUUACUUGAAUAAUAUAACUUAAUGUAUUUAAUUUCAUCUCUACCAUACUCAGUUCCAUAUUAAUUUUUUAUUGUCUUUGCACUUCUUGAUCUCUCAAUGUUUUUGAUCUUUCAAGAGUCUAGUGAUUGUGUUAACUUAAGUAGAACACAUGCAUGUUUGUUUUUCAUUACCAGUCAGCUUUACUGAUUGUUGUUAGUGUGAUGGUGUUGCUUAACAACUGAUGUGUGGUGUGAUAGACAGACUGUCAAGAAUGAAAUAGAUGAGGUCAUUGCUUAAUAACUUUCUAGGCUACUUGGUGCACAAUCACAAAUGUUCAAUUCAAAGAAUCAAAAUGAUCUUAUAGAUUUGACCUACAAGUGAAGAUAAUAUAACCUACAAGUGAAUUUAGCUCUCAGAUUUUUGACUGGUAGUUGAAAUUACAAAAAAGGGCCAAAGAUGAUGCUAGAGAUGUCACGGCAGAAGCACCAAAGUUCCAUGGGGGAUUUAAUCUGGAUGAUUUAAAAAAAUAAAAAUAAAAUUUUUGGAUGAUUUUACUGAGUUUUUGAAUGAUCGGGAUGAUCUUUUUGAUGUCAAAUGGCAAAGAUGAUGUUAGAGAUGUUAAUAGAGAUAAACUUUUUGAUGUCAAAGCUACAAAGAAGUUGUUUUGAAACUUCAGAAAUAUACUCUUUUAUGGUGGAAGAACGUGAUAACCAGAGGAGAAUGAAAUGAUAAAAAUAAAAGAAAACAUAUGAAACUGCUCAAGCUACAUGACUCCUACAAAGCGGAUAUUUCUUGAUCUCAGACUUUUAAUCUUUCAAGAGUUAAGAGUUAGCUUUCCAGCCAUUGUAUAAAGCUUCCUAGCUGUUGUAGAAGAUGUGCAUCUAGGUUCUGAACAAUGAUCAGCUUGUGAAGUUGAUUUGGGUGUUUCUAAAUUCACAGAGCCGUUUGUUAUUAGUGUGAUGUUGCUGUUUUGUCACUGAUCAUUUAAUUUUUCACCACUUUGAUUAAUCCCAGUGGUGCUUAAGUACCUUAUCCUUGAUUCAAUCAGAUUGCUAGGCUUGGUGGCGGAAACUUCAUCCACGUGAUACCACUUGUUUUGGUUCCUAUUUCUGUUUUGAUUAUUUCAUCCUAAUCAUACCCGUUUCGGUUUUCAUACACAUCACAAACCCUAUAACAAAAACUAAUUGGUGGUUAGAUGUGUGUGUGUGUGUGCCUGUGUGUGUAUUAUCACCAUAUUAUCUAUAUCCUGAUCAUAUUGCAGAACUAUUGUCAUUACCUCAAUGAAAUACCUAUUUAUAUCUAGGAGAUUAGUAGAUUAUAUAUGGUAUGCUUUAGUGGAUACAAAUUCUAUAUUCAGUUGACCAUUGUAUCGAGCGUUUCUUUACCUUUUGACAGUAGGGUGUUAUCUACAAGGAAUAUAGGCCGUCUCAUCAUUAUGUAUA